AUGAACUCAGCCAUAGUCAAAUCGCCCCCACACACGGUACUCAAAGAAAGUGGAAUGGAGCCCCCAUUCUAUGCCAUUGUGAAUGCCGGUGAAGGGAGACUGCACUUCCCACGGCAGUGGGAGCCGAUGCCCAAAGAGGAGUUGGUGAAAAGAGUCGCUCUGCAGCGGCUCUCUCACGAGUACUUGCUGGCGAGCAAGCGUCUCCCUCAAAAUUUCACUGUUCAGGGCGUCGAGAGGGUCCAGAAUCCGUACCUGUGGGAGAUGUACCAGAACCGCCGAGAUCUCUUUCUCAAGCAGAACGAUCGGGAUCUGAAGAGAUUGAACGAGAAGUAUCUAUGGCACGGCACGAGUCGCGAGAACCUCGAUAACAUUUGUGAAAGAAACCUAGACUGGAGACGCCACGGAAUUAACGUUGGACAGAUAUACGGACAGGGCACGUACUUCACCGACGACCCCCUCUUAGCCGCCCGCUACGCCCAGUCUUCACCUUCCCAUCGAAACGAGAAGUGCAUGCUGCUGAUGAGAGUGCUGGUGGGGAAAUGUGCCUUGGGAAAUGGCUCCAUGACCAUGCCUCCAGAUGGUUACGAAACGACUGCUGACAAUGUCCUCUCUCCGAAAAUAUUCGUGAAGUACCAUGAUCAAGACUAUUACCCUGAAUAUGCCAUGGUCAAAUCGCCCCCACACACGGUACUCAAAGAAAGUGGAAUGGAGCCCCCAUUCUAUGCCAUUGUGAAUGCCGGUGAAGGGAGACUGCACUUCCCACGGCAGUGGGAGCCGAUGCCCAAAGAGGAGUUGGUGAAAAGAGUCGCUCUGCAGCGGCUCUCUCACGAGUACUUGCUGGCGAGCAAGCGUCUCCCUCAAAAUUUCACUGUUCAGGGCGUCGAGAGGGUCCAGAAUCCGUACCUGUGGGAGAUGUACCAGAACCGCCGAGAUCUCUUUCUCAAGCAGCACGAUCGGGAUCUGAAGAGAUUGAACGAGAAGUAUCUAUGGCACGGCACGAGUCGCGAGAACCUCGAUAACAUUUGUGAAAGAAACCUAGACUGGAGACGCCACGGAAUAAACGUUGGACAGAUAUACGGACAGGGCACGUACUUCACCGACGACCCCCUCUUAGCCGCCCGCUACGCCCAGUCCUCACCUUCCCAUCGAAACGAGAAGUGCAUGCUGCUGAUGAGAGUGCUGGUGGGGAAAUGUGCCUUAGGAAAUGGCUCCAUGACCAUGCCUCCAGAUGGUUACGAAACGACUGCUGACAAUGUCCUCUCUCCAAAAAUAUUCGUGAAGUACCAUGAUCAAGACUAUUACCCUGAAUAUGUAUUGUAUUUUACAGUUCAGCAAUGA